AGGUCUGUGAUUGGAGGAAGAAUCUGACGCAAACGUGCCGUUUCCUUGACCACGGUUGAGAAGAGGUUGCGUCACAAUUUCUUUGCAUUUUUCUAGCCGCCUGACCAACGGUGACCCUGGUUAUCAUUUGACAGCUAGGUAGAGCAACGUAGAACCGAAGUCAUGUGGGCUCCGAUGCUGGGACUGACAGCACUGCCUCACCUGGGGGGCAUCUGCGGUGCUUUUAUUACCCGUAAAGAGGUGAAGACCUGGUACCCCACUCUGAAAAAGCCCUCCUGGAGACCCCCAAACGGAGCGUUCGGCGUGGUGUGGACGGGACUGUACACAGGCAUGGGGUAUGCGUCGUACCUGGUGUGGAAGGAGCUGGGGGGGUUCAAGCAGGAAGAGGCCCUCGUUCCUUUGGGCCUGUACGGCCUGCAGUUGGCCCUAAACUGGGCCUGGACACCCAUCUUUUUUGGGGCACACAAAAUAACAGCAGGUCUGGUUGACAUUGUCCUUCUUACUGGGACUGUGGGGGCCACCAUGGUGUCCUGGUACCCCAUAAGCCGGCCAGCCACCCUGCUCAUGACCCCUUACCUGCUGUGGCUCUGCCUGGCCACCUGUCUGAACUACUGCAUCUGGAGAGACAACCCGGACCCCGAGCCCAAGAGAGAGUAGACCUCAACCCAAAACCCGACCCUGAGCCUGAGAGAGAGUAGACCCCAGCCCUGAACACUAGAGAGAGUAGACCCCAACCCUAAACCUGACCCUAAGCCUAAGAGAGAAUAGACCCCAGCCCUGAACACUAGAGAGAGUAUACUCCAAACCUGAACCUGAGCCUAAGACAGAAUAGAUCCCAGCCCCGAGCCGGAGAGAGUAGACCCCAACCCCAAACCUGACCCUAAGCCUGAGAGAGAGUAGACCCCAACCCCGACCCUGAGCCCAAGAGAGAGUAAACCCCAAGCCAAAACCCAACACUGGGCCUAAGAGAGAGUAGAUCCCAGCCCCGAGCCAGAGAGAGUAUACCCCCAGCCCUGAACCCAACAGAGAGUAGACCCCAGCCCUGAACCCUAGAGAGAGUAGACCCCAGGCCUGAGCCCUAUAGAGUAGACCACAGCCCCGACCCUGAGAGAGAGUAGUCCCGCCAGUGUGACCAACUAGACUGGCAGCCUUACCUGUGUGAAAUUGCAGAUAUUGCUACAUAUUGUGAAGUCAAUGUCUGCCAAUUUAUAUUGUUUUUACUUUUUGCAGCCAAAUAUGAAUCACUUUGUCUUUUCAUACUUACUGACAAUUAAAGUUUAAAUAUUAAAUAAU